UAUUUGAUUUCGAUUAAAUCCAGCCGGUCAACAUGCGGACCCGAAGUAAUUCCGGGGUGCGCCUCGACUACUACCAACGCGUAGUUCACAAAUUAAUAUUGGACCAUCAGCAGCCAGUCACGGGUUUGUUUCCAGCUAGUCCUCACAACGACCACGCAUGGAUCAGGGACAACUUAUACUGCAUCUUGGCAGUAUGGGGACUGUCCAUGGCCUUUAAGAAAAUCGCGGACCAAGAUGAAGACCGCGCUAAAACAUACGAAUUAGAACAGAGUUGCGUGAAACUCAUGCGAGGUCUUUUGAUGGCCAUGAUGCAACAGAAAGAAAAGGUUGAAAAAUUCAAAAGCACUCAACACCCAUUAGAUGCUCUUCAUGCCAAAUAUUCUUCAGCAACAGGCAGGACUGUUGUAAAAGACGAUGAGUGGGGUCAUUUGCAAAUUGAUUCCAUUUCACUAUACCUCCUAAUUCUCGCACAAAUGACUGCUUCAGGACUUCAGAUUGUUUUCUCUCUGGAUGAGGUUGCUUUUAUUCAAAACCUGAUAUUCUACAUUGAGUCUGCUUAUUGCACUCCUGAUUAUGGCAUUUGGGAAAGAGGAGACAAAACCAACCAUGGCUUGCCAGAGCUUAAUGCCAGUUCAAUUGGCAUGGCCAAAGCAGCUCUUGAAGCUAUGAAUGAGCUAGACCUGUUUGGGGCCCGUGGAGGACCUUCGAGUGUCAUCCACGUGUUAGCUGAUGAGGCUCAAAAAUGCCAAGCUGUGCUGCAAUCAAUGCUACCUAGAGAAUCUAACAGUAAAGAGCUAGAUUCAGGCCUUUUGUCUAUUAUAAGCUACCCAGCAUUUGCUGUGGAUGAUCCACAGUUGAUUGCUAAAACUAGGGAUGCUAUUGUUAUAAAAUUGCAAGGGAAGUAUGGAUGUAAGAGAUUUCUGAGAGAUGGCCACAAGAAUCCAAGAGAGGAUCCUAAUAGGCUGUAUUAUGAGCCAUGGGAGUUGAGAAUGUUUGAGAACAUAGAGUGUGAAUGGCCUCUGUUUUUCUGCUAUUUAAUACUGGAUUACUGUUUCCAAGGAGAUAAGGCAAAUGUGAGUGACUAUACGCAACGGUUAGAAAAGAUCAUGUUGAGGAAUGAUGAUGGGAUAAAGUUGGUCCCAGAGUUGUAUGCAGUGCCCGCAGAUAAAGCUGAUUUAGAGCAGCAUGAACCAGGAAGUCAAGACAGGAUACCCCUAGGCAGAUGUCCUUUUAUAUGGGCACAAUCUUUAUACAUACUUGGGAAGUUGUUGCAAGAGGGUUUCCUGGCAGUUGGUGAACUAGAUCCUCUCAACAGAAGACUAUGCUCAGAGAAGAAACCUGACGUAGUGGUUCAGAUUGUUAUACUAGCAGAAGACAAUGAAAUCAGGGACAAGUUGUUGGAAUAUGACUUGCAUGCUCAAACUAUUGCUGAAGUCGCACCAAUCGAGGUCCAGCCUGCUAGAGUUUUGAGUUAUCUGUAUACAUAUUUGGGUAGAAACAAGAAGUUGGGCCUUUCAGGGAGAAAAUCGCGUGAUGUCGGAAUUCUCAGUACGAGUAAACUAUACUCAUUGAAUGAUCGCAUUUUCGCAUUCACUCCGCAGAAUUUUGACUACGAGGAGUACUACAUGUCUCGCGACCCGGCGCUGCUGGCCAGCACAUUCAUGGCCAACGUGGCGUUCCUCGGCAUGAGCUGGAAGCAGAUGCUCGGCCGGCCGACCAUCACCCUUCUCGCGACGCAGUAUUUGUUAGACCAGGGCAGAAUUCCGAUGGCAAUGAUAACGACCAUGAAGAAACUGAAGUCCGGCUACAUAAACGGCACCAGAGUCACCCUCGGGAACCUCGGCGACUUCCUGAGCACGUCGGCCAUCACGAACCUGAGCUUCCUCGGCAGCCAGGAGGACGGCUACCCCGACAAGCUGAACCCGCGCGUGCAGAGCUACCUGGAGGAGCACCUGCUGAAGUCGCUGAGCAGCAAGGCCAGCUGCCUGGCGCGGCCGGCGGCCGGCGGCGGCGACCGCGCGCGCGCGCUGCGCCGCCGCAUGUCGGUGCGCGGCGCCAUCCGCAAGACGCGCUCCAUCAACGUGGACUCCGAAACGCUGGGCAUGGAGGGAGAGUACGCGGGCCCCGGCAAGCUGGAGAGGAAGCCGUCGUGGCUCGAAGUGGACCGCGCGUCCGGUCGGAGCCCGUCGCCCGAGGACGCCAGGAAGAAGUUUUUGGCCAAUGAAGUGGUGUACGGGGGCACGUCGACGACGAGUCUCGGCGCGGGCACGCCGACCAUCGAGGUGACCAGGGAGCAGACGCCGUCGCCGCCCAAGGAGGGCAACUCUCCAGGGGCGGCCAAGGCGCCGCGCGCGCGCGUGGCCUCGGAGUCGGCCAGCGUGUACGCCGAGCAGGAGACGGACGAGCUGCUGGCCGCGCUGCGCGAGACCGAGAGCCUGGACGAGCAGGGCGACAUCCUGCAGUACCUGGUGGACGCGCACGGCCUGGACUUCAACACGGGCAUGCUGGACAACGGGCGCGCGGUGACGGUGCGGGAGCUGCUCAAGGCGCUGUACGAGAAGGCGUGCGCGCAGAAGCUGUGGGGCCUGGUGCGGCACACGGCGGGCAUGCUGGGCAAGCGCGUCGAGGACCUGGCCAAGGCCGUCACGGACCUGCUGGUGCGCCAGAAGCAGAUCACGGUGGGCAUGCCGCCCUCCAACGAGCACACCAUCACGGCGCCGCUGCCCGAGAACGAGCUGCGCCAGCUCAUCCACCUGUCGUUGCGUCGUGACAAACACGGGAACGAAAACAAAAAGGCGUAUGGAGACGAUGAGAGUACCGCCAUGUUGACUCAGGAGCUGUUGGUGUACUUGGCUAUGUUCAUCCGGACGGAGCCGCAGCUGUUCCUGGAAAUGCUGCGCCUGAGGGUCGGGCUUAUCAUCCAGGUCAUGGCGACGGAGCUGUCGCGCACGCUGUCGUGCGACGGCGAGGAGGCCUCGGAGCAUUUGCUCAACCUGUCGCCUUUCGAGAUGAAGAACCUCCUCUACCACAUCCUGAGCGGCAAGGAGUUCGCCAUCAACAGUGCGAAUUCUCUGUGUAUAGUAAAGGAGAAACUCGAUAAGAGUAAAGUAGGUCGCGGAAACUUCUCAAUAGUAAGCAACAAGUCCACUCGAUAUGGCAAGAAGUCCCAGAUUAUGCUGGAAGGACAAUCACUUCAAGGCAAUAUCGAUACAGCGCCACUGGGCGAGGCCGACCGCCAGGGGCAGUGGUUGCGGCGGCGGCGCCUGGACGGCGCGCUCAAUCGCGUGCCCCGGGACUUCUACCCGCGCGUCUGGGCCGUGCUCGAGAAGUGCCAAGGCCUGAUAAUACAAGGCAAAAUCCUCCAACCGAACCUGACCCAGGAGAUGACGUCGGGCGAGCUGAAGUUCGCGCUGGCCGUGGAGACCGUGCUGAACUCGAUCCCGCAGCCGGAGUACCGCCAGCUGGUGGUGGAGGCGCUCAUGGUGCUCACGCUGGUGGUGGAGUGCAAGGCCGUGGGGCACCUGGGCGGCGCCAUCACGGUCGAGCACCUGGUGCACAAGGCCAACCAGCUGUUCCUGGACGAGCAGCGGCGCGUGGGCGGCGACGCCACGCUGUGCUGCGCCAAGGCGGAGGCGGGGGCGGGGGCGGCGCUGCUGUGCGGCGGCGCGGCCGGCGUGUGCCAGCACCUGUACGACUCUGCGCCCAGCGGCUCCUUCGGCACCAUGACGCACUUGGCGCGGGCCGCGGCCGCGCUGCUGCUGGAGCGCCUGCCGCACGACGCGCCGCUCGAGUGCGCCAUCACCUAGCCACCCCGACGCGCCGUUUCUCGUUUGUGGCGUUAAUACCUUGACUCUAUUAGAAUGUUCUCCAAAUAAACUACAAUAUAGAAUGAACACUUUUAUUUUAC